CCUUCCUCCCCAUCCUCUCCCUAUCGUCCCCCCUGACCUCCCUCACCCACACCCUCACUCCCUCAGUACCCGUGUGGAAAGUGAGAGGGGCGGGUGCUCGCCAUGACUCGUGUGGUGCAGUGUGUUGUUUGGGUGCUCCUCUUAUCGUUAUCGUCGUGUACAGAUUUGGCUGCUGUCUACAAGCAUGACAUCCUGAUCCUUCGAGAUGCUGACUUGAUCAUCCCAAACUCACCACUAUCAUGGGAAUCUCUCUCUCUGGCUCUCCCAAGGCCACUCUCUUACCCUGUGGGCCUCACACAAGACUCUCUCAACAACAGAUUAUUUGUGGCAGAAGCAAAACCAAAGGAAGAAGGAAAGAUCCUUUCUUUAACUCUUAACGCCCAGCUAGAGGUGGUGGACAUGACCCCUGCUGUUCAAAGUGGCUUAGUGUCAGUGAUUGAAGGGAUGUCCUACAGUCCUAAGACAGGGCACCUCUACUGGACAGAUGCCUCAGUCCAGUACAUCUACAAGGCCACAGUGCCAAAUGAGCUUGGCGACAUUGUUUCCAAACCAGAAGUAAUUCAUCAUCUUGGCUCUAGAAAUGAACCACGAGGAUUGGCUGUUGACCCUUGCAAAGAGCUUCUUUACUGGAGUGAGAAAGGUGGUGGGGUAGUGCCCAGCAGUGUAGAGAUGUGGAACCCUGGUGACAACAAACAUCAUGUUAUUCAGGAAGAUAAAGGAAAAAAUGACUUUUAUCAGGGACUCUCUUUUGAUGCUGCCACAAGAAACUUGCUAUGGGCUGUUACUGAAGGGGACGAACUUAACAGCACAUGUCGCAUUGUCAAGACUUCAGUUGAUAAGAUGCAUGAUGAGGAACUGAUCAGCUUGGAAAACUGUUAUCCAUUCUCACUGACAAGUGAUGAAAAGUACAUUUACUGGGCAGACUGGGGCAGACAGGGAAUCAUGCGAGCCUCCCUGACUGACCCAAGUGAUAUUGUCAAGCUUGUCCACACCCCUCGCAUCACAAGCGAGGAAGAGGAGCACUUUGGUGUGUAUGGCUUGGCAAAACUGAUUCGAGAAAAUUCUGCAAAUGAAAAUUCAUGCAAAGGUAAAGAUGAGUUGCAAAGCCAUGAAGAUAAGAUGCUUCAAGACCCUGCAGAGAACCCACACCAAGAGGCUGAGGAUAAAACGAAAGGCUCAAGUGAAUUAAAGGGAGUUCUUGAUGUUUCUUCCAAUAAUCCUGAAUCCACAAAAGAAGGACAGGAUGGUCAAGAUCCAGAAGCUGAAGGACCCAAGAAAAACCCUGGUGCAGAUGAGACCAAAGUUAAUGAUGGGAAAGAUACUGAACUAGUAGAGGAUGCUGGCUCUUCAGAAAACUCUGAAGAAGGAGAGGUGGAGGAGGUCAACUCGCACAAAGAUCGAAUUGUGAUGAGUCUAAAGAAGUUAACGUUGUUGGCCCAGGCAGAUGUACUUUCUGCAAAAACAAAAGAAGAGGCCAAGUCGAAGUCUGUAGAAGCUGUGACUGAAGUAUACAAUGACAAAACACAGACUGACAUGUUUGCCUCACACUCAACAUAUGAACUGCCAACCACCGAGGGCUUUUCUAGAUGUCAUGAAGACCAACUACUAAAAGCAGUACUGAUUCUGACUGCAAUCAGUGCCUUAUUCCUGGGCUCCACAAUCAUCCUUGCAAUCAUGUUGUACCGCAGAAAAAGAAUUCCAUUCAAAGGGGCCUCUGCAGCUAUUCUAGAAGCACCACAAGCUGUGCCUGUCCAGCCUCCUCGUCAAGUGAAACGCUUUGGUCCUAAGAAGUCUGUUGUUUCUGGUAAUAAAUCAGGGCAUUCUGGGUCAGCCACUUGUUCUGGCUUGGCUAAUGAUGGUGUGAGCAUCAAUAUUGAGGAUUGCUGUCAGAUGACUCUCUGUGAAACUCCCUGCUACACCACAGUUAAGAAGCAAGGAAAGUCAUACAAAGACAUCAGAAAAAACACUUGUGAUGAUAAAAGAGGAUUGUUGGAUGAUAGUGAAGAAGUAUAGGUAAAGUUAGUGUUAAAACCUAUUUCAUGUUGUUGCCAGAGAUAUAAUGCUUCCAUUGGGCUCAUGACAGCCAGUCAGACACUGGCUUAUAUAAUCUUAUGAUCAGUUGAGCCUAAUGAGUAUUGAAGAAAGACUCAAACCCAUUUUAAGGAAUGGUUUGGACACUCCUUCCUUACAGGUACAGGUUUUAUAUACAGGAUCACAAGUUAAUUAUGUAGUGCCUCACCACAUGCCCAGCAUUGACGUUAAGCUUACAAAAAGACUUUGUCUACCUACUUUAAUAAUCAUUUUAUUGGGAUUGAAAGAAUGACCCAAGUCAUAUGCAAUAUGAUGAUGUUGCAUGUUGUUACAUGACUAUUAAGCUUGUGCUGUUACUCAAAACUACAUCAGGAUAUUAACAUAUGAAUAUAAUUUUCAAAAGUGAGAAAGUUUACUAACAAAUUGAUACCUUUACAUAAGCCUACAGUAGUUUUUUUCUAUAAAUACAAUCUGGAUAUGUACUUAAAGACGAUAGGAUAACUCUCCUAAAUAUUUGGCGUUCAAAGUCUUAGAGGAAGGGACUUGGGGUAUUAAAGCAACUGAUUCCACUGAGGGAAGUGAAAAUGCUGUGAGUGCCGAGUUAAAAAAAAGAAAAAAAAGAAAUGUGUAACAGGGAUGUUGAAUAGUUGAUGACGUUUUAACCAGAAGGAAAUAUUACUUUGAUCAGCAUAGGAUAGUAAAGUUUAACCUGUCAACAGCGAGAAAAAAAAGUAAAUAAAUUUGUGAAUACUGCUUUUAGAAUCUAGAUUUUCAAGAGUCUAGAAAGUCACUGAUAUCAGUAAUUAUGAAAGAGCAUACAGGCAUUCCUUGCUCAACGAUUGGGUUAUAUUCCUAAAUAAAAAUUGUAAAAUGAUUGUAUACCAAUGGGCAUAAACUGUAUUCUUAAAACUGUCAAGCACUAUUGCACUAUUGUUUGUAAGCUAUUCUAGUAUUUUACUGUUUGACACUGCUGUUCACAAGCCAUGGCAUCAUAUUCUAGCCUCUUUAGCUUUGCCAGGUUGUUCACCACACACUCAGUUCCACAAUGUUCAUGUGGCCAACAUCACAGUCCACACUCAAAACUAGAAAAAAUGAAAAGCAGGCAGCAGUGGCAGUCUGACUCACAAUAUGUCUAUGUGUUGGCAGCAUCAUUCAAUGAUGGUGUAAGACUGUUUAGGGGAAGUUUAGAAGGUGAUCCGUCAGUAUGCAGGAUUUGUGUAUGCAUGUGAUUGAUUGCACCACCAAUCACAGUUAUCAUGUAACCAGACACAGAGAAUAGUAGGGAAAUUUGAGACCAUGUAAGUGAUUGAUCAUAUAGUGAGGCUAAGACAUACUGUGGAAUAGUUGAAGAAAUGACAUUGAACUCUCAACUCUCCUAAUAUGGGAUUAAUAUAUUUGUUAGCCACCCUUAACCCUUUCAUUGCUAAGCGCUCGCAAUGAGACUAUCCCCUCAGGCGCGCUCGGGCACCCCAGCGGGGGAAGGGGAUCUCCUUUAACCGCUAUAUCUCAAAAACUAUUCAUCACAGUUACAAAACAAAAACACCAUUGGAAAGAGGAAGCCAAGAUCUAUAAGAUUCGGUUAUGUAAGCCUCUCCUGCGAACGUACAGGCACGUUCAGGGGGUGUUUUUUGCUGUGAGUGCGACUGGCGCUCGCAGCGAGCUUUUAGCACCACCAGCAAGUGACGCUAGUGCUCGCUCUUUUAACCGCUGUAUCUCAAAAACUAAUCAUCACAGCUACAAAACAAAAAUACCAUUGGAAAGAGGAGGCCAAGAUCUAUACGAUUCAGUAAUGUAAGCCUCUCCUGCGAAAGUACAGGCACGUACAUUUAUACGUGCGCGACGGUCAGCCAUAAGGCAACUACUGUAGAUCUCUUGAUGAUGGGGUGCUGGCAGGGCAGUAUUGCCAACUGCAAAAUUUAUAACUAUUUGGUCAAAAUAUCAGUCAUGUGAUAGGUGAAGUUAUGCAAAAAUGUCACUAUAUUGGUCAACAAUUAAUAUCCACCAGUUGCUCGUCCAUAGAUUUUCCGCACUGGGCUGACAUGAUUUUCCAACAAAUUUAGUGAAGAACCCACUCAAUUGGCAAUCCUGUGUUGUGAGAAUUAGUGUUGGAACACUCUCAUACGCGGGAGAUUUGAGUGCGGCUGGAGCUCGCAGUGAGCGUUUAGCGCCACCAGCAAAUACGCCUAACGCCCGCUGCAAGCGUUUAGCAAUGAAAGGGUUAAUGACUGCAAUAAAAGCAUCAAAUCAGUUAACAUAAUAUGCAUCACUUGCUACAUUGAGAAAUUUUGAGAAAGAACGUUUGACAAGAUGGAUCCAACUUAUGCUAUCAUUUUUAAGCAUUAUAUUUCUAUAUCCCUGUUACAUCUGAUAUCAAAGCAAUCAGUCGCAUCUGAAAGUGAAGGAAGUGUGUUUUGUGGUAUAAUUAUCUAGGUUGUGGAUAUUAAGUAUCGUUUACAUUAUUCUCAGUCCUCAUAGGAAGGUUGUUACUAAUACCUACUUGUGCUCCAAAAUGGGUUCCUAUUACACUGUGAAGUAACUACUGUAAGGAUGAGUAGGGAAAUAUAUUUGUCAUUUACAUAAGUACAUUUGUAAAUAAGCACAAGUAAACAUCAUUAUGGCUGUGAUAUAUCUCAUAAGACUUUUUACCGUCUCGUUUGUGUGGUUGUUUGUUAUGGACGUUGAAAAACACAGUUGCCAGCAAUGUGGGAUGACGUGAAAUAUUUUUGUUUUGGGAUUUGAAUGGAAAAUAACCUAAAACGGAAGUGUGCACAUGUCGUAAAUCAACACUCAGUACUAGUCUGCUCAAGUAUUUUAAAUGCAAACAACCACUACUUUCUUUUUUUAGGAUUGAGGCUUGGCAGCUUUUUCUAAGUCAUUUUGUCUUCCCAUUUACCAUCUGUGUUCAUUAUUGCAUCCAUUACUGAUGUCAUUAAAAUUACUUUUGACUCUUAACUCAGAAUUGCCAUUUAUCUUGAGUUAUAAGAUUGUUUUUGUCCCCAUUCUUUUAGAAGAUUCAUAACUUGUACAAGUAAGAUCUGCAGCAGUUUUGUUAUUUUUGUCCUUUAUUUUUUAUAUAUUUGACUGACAAGAAUAUGUGCUGUUCACAAUCAUUUUUAGACAUUGAAACGAUGUCAAUAAAAAAAGUUUAGGAUUCACAUAAUCAGUGUGGUCAUAAAAACUCAAAAAUUAUAAAGUUGCAUUAGAGGCAUCUUGUAUGAAUCUCAAAAUAACAAUAGCUUUGACACUACACACUGUAACUUGUUGGAGCAGCACCUGGCAGGCUUUUUUGUUACUUAUUUUUUUGUUUUUGUCCUUAAGGUGCCUUCCUUGCUGUAAAUAAGUAUUGUAAUUUGAGCUAUGCUAUGGGUAGAAAAAUCUUAAGUGCCAGUUUUAUUGUACACUAACAAGGUUGGCACACAUCUUUCGGAGAUUUUGCAUUUCACACCUAGAAGAGCAAACUGCUUUUUUUUUUGUUUUGUUUUGUUUUUUGUUAGAUGGGAAGAUGGUGUGUGAACUGGAAUGGAAAUUAUUUGUGAAACUCUUAUUUGGAACCCUCCUUAUUUGUAAAUUCCAUUUCUUGUAUGGUAAUCAUUCUAUGGCAAAAUCUAUGUUACUGGUAAUGAAGGUCUUUGUAAGUUCGUAUUAACUGCUAGAACUAAAGCACAAUAUGUAUUACUCAAGUUGAAGCAUCAGCUUUGUUGCUUUAAUAGUUUAUUCUUCACAUUUGAUUUACCUUGAAAAUAUUUAGAUGUGUAACAAUUUUGAGUACUUUUGGAUAAUUUCAUCAAUUUUUAAAUAGCACUUUGUUGAUAUUUUCAAAGCAAAAACAUUUUUUCUUAAGACAACUGUAGUAUUGAAAUAUUUUCUAGGGUGCUUGACAAGACACUACUUCAUUAUUUUCAUUGUUGGCCAUUGCUUGUACAUCUAGUAGUUCUUCAGCACCCUAAAAUCCUAUUCCAGGAAAAAUGUAUAUAUUUGCAAAUGAUACAAAUUUGCUUCCUGCUAAAUUGGUCUUGCCAAGAUAUAUAAAAUCUGGUAGCUAUGCACGUGUUGGUUGAUGUCUGCGUAUCACAGUGAUGUAUUCACUUGUACAUCCAGUGUAAUGAAAGGCUACAAUUGGAAUGUGAGUUGAAAGUAUUCACUACAGCUCCUUUGAUAGCCAGACACGAUAAGGUGCAAUACCUAGGGAUGUCAAAUGCAUUGUUUGUAGUACUCGGGGUAGUUAAGUAACCUUCCAAAUUGAAACUGUCUGUCUGUAUGUAUUAAAGCAUAUGUAAAAUUUGUGAAAGAGGCUAUUUCAAGAUGGAAGGUUACAACUCUCCCUGGGUAAGUUGCCUUACCUCGCUCAUCCUGAGAAAGGAUAGUGGUAUUUUUGUAAGCAGUAGUAAUAGUAGUUUUACAUUUUCAGGUAUUCUGGUCUCAAGUGGACACCUAGAUGGGUCACUUGCUUGAUCUCAUUGUCAUUGUUUAGGGUCUCAAGUGGACACCUAGAUGGGUCACUUGAUGAGCCGGUUAGUCACUGUAUGCAUGCUGGAGUGGGCACCAAGAUGGGUCACUCUUAGCAUGUUAGUCAUUACAAGAUUUUCUGUGUGUGCUCUUGAGGUGAGAGACACAUAGGUCAGUCAGAGGAAGGAAUAGUAAUGAUCAACAUGUGCUUUCACACUAUAAAAAAAAAUAAAAGAAGCCAUUUUUUUGGUAAUGUGUGGGGAAAUAAUACAUAAAGGGUUUUCUUUUUUUAUGUGGGUAAUGAAUGUACUCAAACAGUACUGAAUGUUUUGUUAGUAUUCAUUGAACAAAUACCUGUCCAGUCAAAGAUUACCAAUACAUAAAUCCUUUUACUUUUAGAUAUCUUGAAGCCAUGAACAAAAUUAUGUUUACAGAACCUUGCACAGAGAUUAUUGCUUCCAUUGUAUUUCUCAUUAUGUGAAAAGACUUUUUAACCUGAUAAACCUGCCACUAAUGGAUACUAUUGUAUAAAAAUAGGAUAGCAGGCUAAACAUUGCAUUAUUUUAUUCCUACUUUCAUCAUUCAAAAGUCAUAUUGAGAAUUUUUAAGUACUUAAUGAAAGGUUCUAUAGUGAGAAUACUUGUGCAAUAAAAUGUUGAUCUUU